UAGUAAAACGCCGGGCAAAUUAACUGUUGGUAUAGGGAAAUAAAAGAAACCGUUAAAAGACUUGAAUAUUUGUAAUUCAUUAAAUAUACUUUAAUUAAAGAAUUUCCAAGAUAAAUUUGUGAUGGGUAAUUAUACGAGUAGAUUUUUUUCACGUGGUAAUGUAGAAAAACAUAAUGAAGAAAUAACUGAAACUAUGGAACAAUCAAAUUUGGAAAAAGAAUGUAAUAAUUCAAGUACACAUCAACAAUUGUUGACAGAUCCAAGAUCACUUACUACUGAAAUAUGUAGAACGCCAAUACAGAUUAAUCAUGCAUCAUCUAAUAAUACAAGAAUGGCAGUUGAUGUAUUGUCAAAAAAUAUCCUGAAAAAACCGUAUUUAGAAACUAAUUUUGAUUCAACGAUGUCACCCUCGACAUUAAAUAAGUAUCUCGAUCCAAGAUCACCAAAUGUUGAUCAGCCCAGAACACCAAUUUCGGUUGAUAACUUUACAUCUUGCAAAAGACAAAUUCUUGGGAUAAAAAAUAAUACAGAAAUAUUACCAUUACUUAACUUAAAACAUAUGGAGAGUUUAAAAUAUGAUCCAAGAUCUCCAUCUACAGAUUUUGAUAGAACACCAAUUACUGUACAAAAAACAACUAAAUAUUUACAAACAGAAUCUGAAGAAAAUGUAGGCUCAUAUAGUGAAACAAAUGAUCAUCUAAGAUUUAUGUAUUGCGAAACAAUAUCGUCUGAUACACCUGAAAUAUUAGCAGUAGUGGAUGAAACAUGCGAAGUAAUUAAAUCUUUGCAAUUUAAUAAUUCUGAUAGCAUAAGUGAAACUAAAUUACAUGUAAGUGAUAAUACUAAUCAUAUGAGUAACGAAAAUGUCAAUAAUGAUAGUACUUAUAGUAUGACAAACUUACAAAAUAGAGAUCUUGCUAGUAUAAAUACGAUUAAAAUAUGGAGUGACUCAGAGUUAUCUGAAAAUUUAGAGCAGCCUGAGAUUAAUGAAUAUAGUGAUCAAGAAAAUGAUGAAGAAAAAUUGUCAUAUCCAUCUAAAGAAGAAAUUGAAGUUAUAUUUGAUGAUGAUGAUGUAAUAAAAAGAAAUAAAUCAAAACCUGAACAACUUACAAUUAGAACUGAAGAUGAAAAUAAAGAUGUACAAGAUACAUUAGAUAAUAAAAAAAAAGUAAAAACAAAUAAAAAAACUUUUAUACAACAUAAUACAAAUAUAAAUAAAAUGUCAAAGAAACGAACACCUCUUGGGAAUAGGUGUAAUAAUGCUCAAUUAGAUACAGUAUUGACUAAUUCCCCUCCAAAUAUGUUACAAAACAAAAAUUGCAAUAAUUUGAUACAAUAUGAAAAUACACUACUUCAUAAGAAAUCUUAUGAUAAGUCAAAACAUAAUGGAAUUAAAUGGGAUGUUAAUUCUACAGUUAUUAUUUAAAUAAUUAUUUAUAAAUAUAAAAUAAAUUGUGUAAUCAAUAUUGAUUAAUGAAAUUGUCAAACCUUUUGUACUAUUAGCAAAUGAAUAUAUUUAUUUAUCAUAUUAUUGUUUUCUUUAAAUUAGGACUUAGGAUUUUUAUCACUAUGCUUUUGUAAAGCCGAUCGUAUUUGAAAUUUAACUGUUUGUAUUGAAUUUUGAAGAUCUUGACUUGGUUUUAUUAACUGUUUAAUACUGAAAAAUUAAUAUGUAUUAAUCUUACUGAUAUAUUUUAAACAAUAUAAAUUUGUAAAUAAAUUUCUAUCUGUAUUCGUA